UUGUACCGUACUAUGAUUGAGAAUAUCUUCAGCCAUAGUAUUCUCCUCCACUCAACAGAGUCGUGAAGAGCCAAUUACUGAUAUAGACAAAACGUCACUUUUAUACCAUCGUAAACUCCAACAAAGAAUGUAGCAAAGUGGACCCACUACUAACUAGCAUAUAGUAUGAGAACAAAGUUAGGCAAUAACUAUGUUCACACACACUCAUGAAUCAUCCCACAUAAAGCAUGGAUAAGCCAGUAAAAGAGUGCCUCUUAAGUGCAGAAGAAGAUGGAAAAGCAAGUGACAAAGAUGAAUCAUCGCCAACGAUAUUGGACGGGUUAUGGCAAGGUGCUGUGUUAAUAUCGCCGUUCUUCUUCUGGGGCACUUCCAUGGUGGCAAUGAAAGAAGUGAUUCCGAAACACGGUCCUUUUUUUGUUUCUUCUUUUCGUCUCAUUCCUGCCGGGUUCCUUCUUGUUGCUUUUGCUGCUUCUAGAAGAAGGGAGUUUCCUUCUAGCUUCAAUGCCUGGCUCUCCAUCGCCAUAUUUGCUCUCGUCGAUGCUGCUUGCUUUCAGGGUUUUCUCGCUGAAGGGUUGCAGAAAACUUCAGCUGGUUUGGGCAGUGUUAUUAUUGAUUCACAACCUUUGACAGUGGCUGUACUUGCGGCUUUGCUAUUUGGCGAGUCCAUUGGAAUUGUUGGAGCUGCCGGGCUUGUACUUGGUGUCAUAGGAAUUGUGUUACUUGAGUUACCUUCCUUAUCAAUUGAUGGGAGCAACUUCUCACUAUGGGGAAGUGGGGAGAUGUGGAUGCUUCUUGCAGCUCAGAGCAUGGCAAUUGGCACUGUCAUGGUUCGGUGGGUCUCCAAGUACUCUGAUCCUAUCAUGGCAACUGGAUGGCAUAUGAUUAUUGGUGGUCUCCCCCUUCUGGCAUUAGCGAUUCUUAACAACGAACCUGUUGUAAGUGGGAGUCUUAAAGAGUACAGUUCAACUGAUGUAUUGGCACUCCUCUACAUGUCCAUUUUCGGAAGUGCUGUUAGCUAUGGUGUGUUCUUUCACAGUGCAACUAAAGGUAGCUUGACGAAGCUCAGUUCACUUACAUUUCUAACCCCGAUGUUUGCCUCAAUCUUUGGGUUUCUGUAUCUCGGUGAGACCUUUUCACCUGUACAGAUUGUUGGAGCCAGUAUUACUGUAGCUGCAAUAUACAUGGUUAACUUUAGAAACACUUCGGAAUGAAUUAGAUAAUUACAUAGUCAGUUUUCUGCUGGCUAUCUUAAAUUGCCAUGAACUCAAAUUGGGAAUGCUAGUGCUUUUGGACAGGGUGAGGAGAGAAGUUUGAGUGACAUGUUCAGCACUUGCUAUCAUGCUUUAUAGUGUGAAUACAAUUUUGAUUAGUUGUUAUAUCAGGCUUCAAGUCUCUUUCUCGACAAUGUAUAGCCGAAAAUUGUAAGUUACCAGAGUUGAACACAAUCCUUAUACAAAGCAAAAUUGUUUCAAUAGAAAGUUUAUUGUAUUAGAUGACUCUACUGAUACACUAGGACUGAAUAAGAAUGUAUAGAUUGUGACUUGUUUAUGGAAAGUUUUAUAAAAGUGAAUUGUUGAUCACACGAAUGCAA